AUGGCACUGGCUGACACUGAGUGCGGAGGCUCCGGCGGCUGCGGGGGCUCCGGCUGCGGGGACUCUGUCUCCCCGUUCACCGAGAUCAUCGAGCUGAACGUCGGCGGACAGGUGUAUGUCACCAGGCACAAAACUCUGGUCGCCGUCCCGGACUCGCUCCUGUGGAACAUGUUCAGCAAGAAGUCACCCAAGGAGUUGGCGAGGGACAGCAAGGGGCGCUUCUUCCUGGACCGGGACGGCUUCUUGUUCCGCUACAUCCUCGACUACCUGCGGGACCUGAACCUGGUGCUGCCGGACUACUUCCCGGAGAAGAGCCGGCUGCAGAGGGAGGCGGACUUCUUCCAACUGCGGGACCUCGCCAAGCGGCUCAGCCCCCGGGUGAGUAAGGAUAAUUCAAUCAGCGAGGAGAUCAGCCACAGCGACACGGAGGAAGGCGCGCAGCUGUGCGGCUCCGCGGUGCAGGGCAUGGAGACUUUACGCGCGAUGUCGAUCACCGGGGCCGCGCGCUCCCCGUCCCUGGACUCCAGAAAGUCGGGCUACAUCACGAUAGGAUACCGCGGCUCCUACACCAUCGGGAGAGACAUCCAGACCGACGCCAAGUUCAGGAGGGUGGCGCGCAUCACUGUGUGCGGGAAAACCUCCCUGGCCAAAGAGGUGUUCGGGGAGACGCUGAAUGAGAGCAGGGACCCGGACAGGCCCCCGGAGAGAUACACGUCCCGCUACUAUCUGAAGUAUAAUUUCCUGGAGCAGGCGUUUGACAAGCUGACAGAGGUGGGCUUCCACAUGGUGGCCUGCAGCUCCACGGGCACCUGCGCCUACACCAGCAAUGAUCCAAACGAGGACAAAAUCUGGACGAGCUACACUGAAUAUGUCUUCUGUCGGGAUUAAAGCUGCCCGUGUCGUGUUGAUGUGCAUAGACAUAGAGGGGGGUGUCUUUAAAGGUGUUGCAUUUGCUGCUGUGCUGAAUGGAAACGUUUGGCAAAAGGCUAGAAACUACAAAAACAUUUAAACCCCCAUUAUUCUAACAAUAGCCAGGUAGCAGUGUUAACCCACUCUGAGGUUAAUCAGGGAUGCCAUAAAAUAGAUGGUACUCAACAGUAUGUCAAGAGAAGAUUAUGUGGGCAGAGCAUCAUAUGAGUCGACCCACUCAGCCAAAGGCCCCGAUGCGUGGAAAGCUCCUAUAAAAUGCCAUGAUCUCUAUUUCAUGGAACUGCAUGUCAACGUUGCAGUCACAUCUGGCUCAGCUGCUGUGUGAAUUGAGCAGCGUCCAAGAGCAGACAAGCAGCGAUUAGUGUUCAGUGUCAUUGUAAUUUCUAGACCUACCUGAUGACAUGUUUGGCCAAGUCCUGUAUCACCAGAAUAGGAUCCUAUAGCAGUUUACAUGACAUGAUUGUACGUGUAUGUGCUUUCCUGGUAUAGAGUUGUGUUUGUUGAACCUGUUCAGAUGAAAUAAAAUCUUCUACUCUGUUAUUCCCAAG